AUGUCGACCAAUCGCUCGUUCAUCGUUUUAAUUACAGGACAAAUCGAUUAUGGCCAGUUUCCGCUUAUCGAUAACAUUUACUGCAAAUUCUCUUACGUUUAUGGCAGCGACUGGAGGCAAAUAGCUGGAAUUGAAGAAGGCAUAAGUGCUAAAUGUGUGAAAGGAACAAGGCAAGACAAAAUCGUCGUCGGACUACCACUUGAAGCUACAUUUACAUCCACAAAUCCAUAUGGAUGGCCUCAAAUAUGUAUCAGUUGUUAUGGAUUGGACUGCUUCGGAAAUGAUGUCCCCAGAGGAUAUGGUGCGAUACAUCUUCCAACUGCCCCUGGAAGAAAAACUCUUCGAAUACCGAUGUUUGUACCGGAAGCAUCAACAAUAAUGCAAAAAUGGUUGGGGUGGAUUACAGGAAGAAGAGCAGAGUUCAUAGAACCGCGUAUCGUAGCAUAUGCUGACGGCCGUCAAGCAACAAAAGUACGAACUCAAGGUUUCAUUUAUAUAACACUGAAUACAGUCCUCAAAGAUAUAAAAAAACUCGGUUACGAUGUACAAUCCGAUACAUUCGCUAAAUAUUCGCAUUUUCCCCUACCAGAUUUCAAUAAUAAAGAAAGACAAAUGCCCGAAAUCCGUCAAACAAUUCAUAAAAAGGAUGAAAUUCAACUAAAAGAUGAAUUUAUCGAACGCCAAAGAAAUGAUUAUCAUCUAAUGGAACCGAUUAGCCCAAAUUCGUCCACAGGAAAAUUAAGAACGGAAGAAAAAAUAUCAAGCAAUUCUGAUCUAGAAAUAAAAAACAUCGGCGAAAAAAAUUAUGUAAGGCCAUUGCCAUUACCUACACCUUUGCCAAGAAUUCAACCAAGAAGUACGAGUUCAACUGUUGACGAUAAAAGGAACUAA